CCCGAUCACAUGGCGACCCUGCGCAGCCAAUGCGGGGGGCGCUAGGACCCCGGGGACCCGCGGCCCCCCCCCGCCCUAUAAAUGCUUCUCCAAAAUGCAGUGGAGGUCCUUUCUCCCGUCCCGCCCGGCCGCGCCGCUCCGCGCCCCGCGCAGCCGCCGCCGCCGCUGCCUGGCGGGUCUCCGUCCCUGCUCCGCGCCCCGCUCCUUCCCCCUCCCCUUUUCCUUUUUUUUUUUUUAAUUUUAAUUUUUUUAAAUUUUUUUUAUAUAUCCUUCCCCCCCCCCCCUCCCGUUUUUCUCCUCCGCCCCCUCCCCGCGGCCGGUUUGCAUGCAUUGUCUGUCUCCCAAGAUGGUUUGUGAGACCAAGAUUGUGGCGGAAGAUCAUGAAUCAAUCCCGGGAUCCAAAAAAGAUACGAUCAUUGUUUCUUCCUCCCAGAUGUGGCCCUCUUUGGCGGGCUCCCCUUCCUCCCCCCCGCCACCCCUCAGCUCCCCAAAAGAGGACCCCAGACGCGACAAUGUCUAUAUCCGCGAAUUCCACCCCUCCGAGCAGGAGGUGGUGCGCCGCAUAUUUUACGAGGGUAUCAUGGAGCGGAUCCCCAACACGGCGUUCAGGGGGCUGAAGCAGCAGCCCCUCACUCAGCUGCUCUACGGGCUGCUGGCCGUAAUAUGCUUUGUUGUGACCAAGUCCUUCCUGCUGACCUGCUGUUUGCCCAUCUUUCUGAUGGGCAUGAGGUACUACUUCAGUAGAAAAGUUAUCCUCCACUAUCUCGAUUGUGCGCUGCAUACGGACAUGUCUGAUAUUGAGCAAUAUUACAUGAAACCGCCAGGCUCCUGCUUCUGGGUCGCCGUCCUGGACGGCAACGUGGUGGGAAUCGUGGCGGCACGGGGCAACGAGGAAGACAACACGGUGGAGCUGCGCCGCAUGUCCGUCGACUCCAACUACCGUGGCAAAGGGAUCGCCAAGGCCCUGGGGCGCAAAGUGCUGGAGUUUGCCAUGCUCAACAACUACUCCUCCGUCGUGCUGGGAACCACGGCCGUGAAGAUGGCAGCCCACAAGCUCUACGAGUCCUUGGGGUUCAAGCACGUGGGUGUCGUCGAACAUUACGCCCUGCCGGGGAUGACGCGCUCCUUACUGGAGAGAAUGUUUUUCCAGCUCCGCUACCACCGCUACCGCCUGCAGCUGCGGGAAGAAUAAAAAAACCCAACCAACCAAACGAAAAAAAAAAAAAAUUAUCUUUUUUUCCUCCUCCUCCCCCUUCAAAAAUAAUAAAUUACCCUCCUAUUUCUCGUCACUGUUGAUUUGCCAAUUUUGGGUUGAGUUUUUGUUCCCUCAUGUCAUCUUUUGGUUUGCUCCGUGCAGCUCGAUCGUCCGGCCGAGGAGCGUUCCUUCCUCGCAUGCUGUAGGUGGUGGUGCUGGGAGUCCUGCGACCCGGCGGGGCAGAGCGGAGCGGAGCAGCGGCCUCUCCUUCCCAGGUACCUCCGUAAAGCACAGAAACUUAACUGCAAAAUAGUACCACUGCUCUGGUGUACAUAGUCUUCUCCUUUUCCAAAUGUAAGAUAACAUAGUGAUGCAUUCAUAAUAGCGCGGAAAUAUUACUUGAAUGCAGUUUUCAGUAUUUCAUGCACCAGUAAGUAGAAUAUGCAUUCGUCUUACCGUUAUUUACUGGUUAAUAGUUUUCAAAGAAAAGGUGGGGGGUAAACACCCCCCCCCCCACCGCAACCCGCUUGCUACAAUGCAUGAAGAGGAAAGCGCGUGCACGCACUCAAACACAUCGCACUGCCACCACGGCACUGGUGUUGCACUUUUUUUGGAUGUGCCUCAUUCUGCCAAAUGUCUGAGAGACCCUGGGUGCAUCCGGUAACCACGACUCCGCUCCAUUCCCCCCCUCCUUCCUAAGCCAGCACAGACUCGGACCGGCUGAACUCUGAGCCCCAUUGUACCAUAGUGUGAAGUUAAGAUCAAACCUAAAUAUCUCCUGCGCUGUUCUGUAGCCAUGCGUAACCUGCAGUCCUGGGCCAGACUCCGCAUGUGCGUUGGACUUUCUCUUUGCUGCCUUUUGGGGUUCUUCGUUUGUUUGUUUUUAUUUUAUUUUUAAGGGGUUUUUUUUUGUUGUUGUUAUUACUUUUAGUUUUGGCUUUUGCUGAAUGGUGUCAUUGAGGCGUAAUGGAGGCUGCAGUUCCUAUGGCAACACAUUUGCACAUUAAUGUGCGCACCAAAUCUAACCACUUCAGAGAAGCAACGUGUGACAGAUAAUAGCAUUUUGGGGAGCACCGGGGUGGCGGGGGGGGAGCGUACUUAUUAUCUUAUCCAGCUGCUUGUUUGAUAAAUGUAGAUGGCCUCACUGCAGCCUUCCAUCAAAGGUAAUUAACUGCUUUAAUGAUGUCAGAUUUGUGAAUUGUACAAUGCAAAAAGCAAUGCAAAGCAGAUUCGGCAUGUGUCUGUACCCGGUAUGUAUGUACAGUGCCUGCCAACUAAAGAAUAACCGAGACUACAGCUUCUUCUAGCCUGAGAUAUCAACUUUUAUAACUUAUUUAAACAAAUAGCAACUUUGCAUGAAUUACGUCUUGGGGGAAAAAGAAGAUCGGUAGGUUUUAAUUUUUAAAAUGUGGUAUCAGAAGUAUACAGAAAACCAUUUCUGGCUGCACUUAAUUUGGGGUGGGUGGAGGGGUUCAGCUCUGUUAAUACAUUUAAAGGGAAAACCCCUUUAAUUUAGUUCCUGGGUGAAAAAAAAGUUACUAUUUUAUGAAGUAUUAUGCGUGUGGGGGGCGGGGGGGGGGGAACCGCCACCUAUCAUGAAGAACCCGAUGAAAGGGUAGAGCAUGCGUUAACCACGCUUGCGCUUGCAAACACAAUGGAAGCAUCAGCGGGAGAGCCCCAGACGGGAGCCCGCGUGGGGCUUGCGGAGAGGAGAGGAGCCGUGGGGCGGACGGGGAGGGGGGCAGCAGCACGGACCCACGCGUGCUGGAUGCUGCCCGGGUCUCACUCGUAGCGAGCGGCGCCCCGUCCUCUCCAGCCGAAAGCUUUCCCGGCACUGAGACGUGCCCGGCGAUGCUGAAUGAGAGCAGCGGGGAGGGGGCUCGCCCCAUCCCCGCUGGGGCCGCGGACUGGGCACCAGUGCCGGGGAUGGAGGGGCCGUUUGGCGCGACCCCGGCAGCGCGCUCGGCGCUGGGCUCGGGCUCGGUCCAGCCUGGAAGGAGCCGGAGGGGCAGGGUCCCGGUGUGUGUCCCAGCAAUAAGGGGGGAAAUGAGGACGGUGAAGGGCACUGUAGCAAGAGACCGUGAGUUUAAUUAACAAAAUUUCUGUAUGGGGCACUAUAUUUUUAAAAGUCUUUCUAUGCUGUACAUUUCUCCUGAAGCUGAAAUAAUGUACUGUUGGUAGGGGUUUUUGUAUAGUGUACAGAAAUUGGCAGAAUAUUUUCUUGCUGCAUUCAGUGAUUUAUUAACCGAAGUAAAAUAGACAAAUAUAAAGUGUUAGCAAAAGUUGAAAGAAAAAAAAAAAAAAACCACAAAACAGUUUGUGCCUUUUUUAGUUUAUUUUUCUGUUGCUAUAUAAUCACUGCACUAAAACCUUUCCAGAGGGGAAAAAAACAAAAACUAGUCUCUUAAUAAGGGAGGAAUAUGUAAAGCCUAAAUUGAGCGUUAAUUUUUUUAUUGGGAUAUUUAAUUAAAAGAAUGUUGCUGGUUUUAUUUGAUACCUGUGCCUUUGUAAUAAAACUCCACAUCCUGUCAGAAAAGCCAAACCUGGAAUAAAUCCCACCAGAUCCCACAGACGCAGAAGUACCAUCAGGUUACCAGUAUUUUCUUUUAAAACGUGUAAACCUUAACUGAUGAUAUUACAGUAUCUGAUCGUAAUACCUGUUGAGUUGCUUGGGAAAGGGGUGCUUUGGAAAGGUGCAGCUUUCGGGGUGCUGUCUGCAUUCCUCCCCGGGCACGCCGGAUGCCGGAGAUGCACCGAUAAGGGUUGAGUCGUUGCCACUUGGUCGGUAGCUGCUGAGAAAAUUUCUUCCUUUAACGCUCCUGCCAGUUGCUUUGUGACAGGGCUCUUUGGAAAAAAUCCAGCUGGUUGCUCCCGGCUCUCCAGCCGGGACAGCUCGUUUCCGAAGGAAAGGGCUGGCUGCCAAGUAGGCUGGGUUUUGCUUUCCUUGGAAGAUGGAGAGGUCUGGUGGGUGAAACAGCACUGAUCCCAGCCCUGGGUUUUAUUGGAAAGCCCACGUGGCUGCCAGAGCCGCAUCCCUGGUAGCAGCAGUGGGACGGGGGUACGGGACCUCCGGCGUUGUUGCCGCUUUCCCACCCAGAGCUGCUCUGAAUAGGAUUAGACAACGUCGGGCUUAAAAGCAUCGAGCGAUACUGUCGUUUCAUCUGCAUUCGUGGGAAGUUUCCCUAAACGUGAUAGCUCAGGCUCAGCUCUGGAGCGAGAAAGCCGCUGCUCUGCAUGGCCCCUGGGCUCUGGACCAUGCCGGGCUCACCCGCUGCCCUCCCCAGGGUCCGGACGCCUUGCCCCCGCUGCCUGGGCCAGCGUGCCGGUAGACCGUGGGGCAGCUCACGGGCUGACGUGGUGAGGGUGAACCGCCUUGAGCGGAUCCAUUCGUCUGCUCUGCCGCUUUCAGGGUGCACUGGUUUAAACAACACUGCGUGGAAAAGACCCCGCAGCUCAUCGCUUGUGCCCCCCAGUACUGGCUUUGCAGCCCCCCUUGGGGACCUUCUUGCUUCUCCGGCACCAGAUAGCCGUGAUCGGCACAGCCCUGCAUCGGGACCUUCCCCAUCCCCCUUUCUCCGGGCUUGACCCUCACCUCCUGACUCGCCCCAUCCCAGUUCAGCGGCUGGGUGGGUGCAGAGCAGCACAAGAUGGUUGUGGGUUUGGUCCUGAGCGAAAGAGCUUGUGAUCUGGACCUACUGCCAGAAACUCCUUGAGAUCCUAUUGCCAGUUGUCGAGUCUUAAUUCCACAGAGACUCACAUCAGUGCGAGUCGGGAGGUGGUUUUUUCCUUCCAAGGACACGUCUAGCUGGAGUGUGGGGAAGAGUGGAGCAUCUCUUGGGUUUUACCCUUAGCUGGUAAACGUCAUGGCUAGUAAGACCACUUCAGAUUUGGGUGGAGGAUGUGCUGGAGAUGCGAAGGAACUUCCCCCAGCUGUGCCAGGUGCCUGCUUUUACUUUGCUGUGCGCGUGGGUUGUCACAGCCCACUGGCCUUGCCCUGCAUGCCGUGCAGUGGCACUGAGGAUGCAGUUUCCUUGCCUGGCAGCUUUCUCCUUAGCGUUGUGGCUUUUUCUGCUAAUCCCUGUGCAGUAGUGGGCACUGCUCGAGUGGCCUCUGCUCAGAGGGGACUGGGGCAGAGCCCUUGCUCACUGGGGAAGGCACCAGGUGUGAUGUCCAAAAAUCUAAAAAAAAAAAAAAAAAAAAAAAAGGGGGGGGGGGGGGGGGGGGGACUUUGCAUUGCCGUGGCUGAGGUCCACAGCCCUCCGGCACAGCCUGGGCCAUUCCCUCUGGAGUGAGUGGGAAUGCCCUGCACACCCUGAGCAAACUGGCAUCUCAAGCACAUGCAAUAUUUGGCAAUAAGCUCUGUAGGAAGCUUGGCCCCGAAUGGAUCCAGGCCAAUAAUGCUGAGCAAUCCAACGAACAAAGAAAGCGGUUUCUAAUCUUACUUGAAACCCUUGAACUGUUAUUUGUCGUAAAUCCAUGCUGUGUUUUCCCUCCGUGAAGCAGACAGCACCUGCAAGAUGCUUAGAAAUGGCAGCUGUAAUUCAUUUCUGCUGGGAGAAGCAGAAAAGUUUGGGGCACUGCCAUCAGCCAAAAGCUGUUCUCUUCCCUUACCUCGCUGUUACUGUGGAGUAUGUGGGACGGUAUUUCUGAGCAAGCCUUUACCUCUCCCCGAGCAUGCUGCAUGCAGGCUGUACCCACGCACAGGACUGAGCAUCAGGAGCUGGGCUCUCACCUGCACGGUCCAUCCGCUCCCGUCUCUGUAGCACGUAUGGCUCAGGGAGCAGCUGGGGAAUUCGGGGCUGCUGCGGGGCACUGCCCGCUCGGGGAGGAGAGGUGCACGACCACGGGGUACCUUGGCUGCGGGGCUUUUCAGGCUGGCCACCGUGGAAGGAGGUAGCUGGUGGUGUAGUCAACGCCGUCAGGGAGAAGCAGGCUUGUUUUAAAAGAUGUUUGUUGGAAGCAAGAUGAAUUUAACAGUGUUAUUUGGAAACUGUAAGGAUGCUCGUAGCACUGCAGGGUUGAGCUGGUUGGCAGCGUGCGAUGAGGCGCAGGAGCAGGACCAGCGUUUGCGAUGCUGCAGAGGCAGUUGCACCCCCAAAGCCAGCGGCACAGCUCGCAGGGCACAAGUCGGUUUUCUUUUGCUAUAUGCGGGAUGGAUGCACCUGAAUUCUUAAAAUCCCAAGGGCCAGCUCUGCAUCUUGACUUGUUUCAGCAUCGCCCUUCAGCGAAUGCAGGGGGUAAAUGACCGUGGGGACGUCUGUCCUGAGGGCUGGGACCUGGACAGUCAUUUCCCCCCUCUGUUCGUCCCCAUGGGAAACGAGGAUGAUACUUUAGGUCACGACGUCUGAAUUUAAUAGUCCCUGUGCAGGAGAAGCAGGACUAAGGGUCGGCAGGUGGCUGUUGGGGUUCAGAUGUGCUUGUUGGGGACCCGGUGCCGCACGCCUGCCGCGGGAGCAGAAAGUGCUCGGUGCCUGGCGGGGGGUCAGGCGCCUUUCUUGCUGUAGCCGACUGCGAGAACAGAAAGUCCUGUGGUCAGAAUUCCCAAGGGAACCGUGGUUUUACAAAACCUUGUCACAAUUCUUGCUGCUGCCCGUUGCUCACUGAACCAUAUCCAUCCGUGAUGCAGGUCUGCUGCCUUUUAAUUUGCCAGAUUUGCUGGCUGAGGUGCAAAUGGAUAGAGACUGACUGCAGGGAUUUCCGAAUUGCCAAACACACAAAGGCAGGAACCAGCUUCGGUUACCUCUGAAUUAACAAUCUCAUUUUUCAAUGUGCUGGGAGCCUGUGUUUCAUUAGCGCUAGUGUGAUGCUGUUGGUAUGCACUCUAUUUAAAGCUUAAUAAAGGCAUUUUAAUUCCACACUAACUGGAGUCUUGCGGUGGAAUAUACUGUACCGCAUAAAGAAAACGAAGCGAUGCAAACUGUUAAAUAAGCUUUAAAAUGCAAAAGGAUAAUUUACUCUUUUUUUUUUUCUCCCUCAAAAUAGAUCCACACAGAAUCUUGAGCAAAAAAAUGGUGUGCUCUUGCAUGCCUCAGUAACAGAAACUAUGCACAGAGAUUAUGCUUAACUUCCACCAAAACUGCUACCUGAAUGGUCAUUUGGAGUACCUUUCAUUGAAAAUAAAAUAAGAGAAUAGUUUGAAUAACAGAGUUUAGUUAAAACACAGUACCAUUUAAAACAACAAACUCUAAGUAAGUCAGCAUUUGGAGUUUAAUGACUGUUCAAAAUUGCUGUUUAGUGCUGUCUUUGUAUUACAUGAUGGUCAGCUGCGGGAGAGAAUAUGUUUUUAACAUCUAAAUAGUAGAAGAUGGACUUAUUAAGACCAAGAGCAUAACAAAUACAUAAUGCAACUGUAAAUUUAUUUACGAGUAACAUGUUUGAAUGCAGAAGCAGCUACUGCUGUGUAAGCGUAAUAAACAUAUAGCUAACGUUGUUUUCAAUUUCUUUUCCUCCAAAGCUUAGUCCUUUUGACUUGUAGUAUGUAUAUUUGCUUUUUUAAAAAUAUAAUUAGGUUUAACAAAGCAUCUGUUGCUUUGUGAGUUGUACUUAUGAUUGUGCUGGGCCGUUAGCUUUAAGCAGUUUGUGUGCUUGUGUUAUUUUAUUAAAGAAAAAGUCUUCUUGAGACAAAUGCGGUAAAGGUAAAGGAAAAAAAAAUAUUUUUUUGGUAGUGUUAAGCACAUGUGUGGUAUGCAUUUGGAAAAUGUCCAAUGUCGGUUGAAAAAAAAAAAAACUGGAGCUAAAUUGCUUACCAGAACUGCUCGUGUUUAAGGCAGUGGCUUUUUAGUUCAUGGCUUACAGGCUAAACUCAUGCCUAAAUAGAAACUCGGAUUCCCCCGAACAGCCUCUUACUCUGCAUCUCUUCACCGUUGUACAAGACCAAUGUGAAAUUAGUCUUGUGUUUUCUAUGUUCAGCAUAGUAUGUACUGUACUUUGUAACGGGAAGUGGCUACAAGUCCUCAAAGAAAAACGAACAUAUUUUAAAACAGCAAUAAUUACCACUGUAAAGCAAAUGAGCACGUGGGGGAGAGCACAGGGAGAUAGUUAAUGAAGAUGAUACCGUUAGGAACACACUGGCGUCAGUGCUGCUAUUGCACCUGGGGAGCAGGAUUAAGUACUAGGAAAGGCCAUCGGUCUCUGGGACUGGACUUCACCUUGGCAGAGAAUUUGCCCAUGUGGGAUCCCUCCGCCUGAAUCGUUCUUUGGCUUUGUAAGUCCUUACGCAGCGCAGGUUUUUCACCGUAGUUUUAAGGGUGAAUUAUUGCAAAUACCGUUCCUGGUGGGAGAGAGAACCGCGAGGAAGAGCUGUCAGAGUCACACAGAGGAAGGUAAAUGCUCGUUGCCGCAGUCUCGUACCCCAGUGUACUCUGCUACUGCACUACUGGGGCUCAACAACAGCAGAAAGUAGAAUGAAUGAAUAUAAUUUUCUUAUGGAGGGAAGCAGGAGUCAGCUCUGUUGGAAAGCUCUUCGAAUACCGUCAAGGCAUAUCGAUACAAACCAGUUCCUCUAGCGUGGCAGGACAUGUUAACGUGUGUGCGAGUUAGCCCUUGGUGUGCUUUAGGCAUUUGAGCUCCAGCCUACAAAGCGUUAUCCCGAUGCGGCGUGGUCUCUCCAUCUUCCGUCGGCAGAGCCCCGGGAGCCGGCCAGCUCUCGAGGGACAGCAGGGUGUCCUCGGGCAGGGUCAGGCGAGGUGCUCUGGACGAAUGACUUGUAGGUACUUAAGUUCUGUUCCUGAUGGCCGCUGUAACUGUGAAAAUUAACCAGACCUGCUGUGAUAAAUUUGGUUAUAUAAGGUUUAUUUGGUUAAUUUUUUAUAAGUGAAAACUGAAAAGAUGAAAGAGAAUUGUAAUAUGAAAGCAACUGCUGUAAAUAAUGUACGAAUGAAUAAAAUCUAAAACUUA